AUGUUUGAGGAGAAAGUAAAGAAACAGAUCAAGUCGAUACAGUUCGGCCUGUUUUCACCAGAGGAAAUAAGAAAUGGGAGUGCUGCCUUGAUUGUUCAUCCCGAGGUCAUGGAAAGUGGGGUUCCAAAGGUUGGAGGGCUUAUUGAUCUGAGAAUGGGGACGACUGACAGGAUGUAUCUUUGCCAGAGUUGUGGGGGGGACAACUUCUCAUGCCCAGGACAUUUUGGACAUAUUGAGCUUACGAAGCCUAUGUUUCAUGUUGGAUACAUUUCAAAAAUUAAGAAGGUCCUAGAGUGUGUUUGCUUCUAUUGCUCCAAGAUCAAAAUACCGAAGAGAGGGGCGAAGUCCACGCUUAACAGUGUAUGGAGCAUGAGUAAAGGCAAGACUGUGUGUGAGGGAGAGGCCGUUGGUGAUGAAAGAAGUGGAUGUGGAAACAGGCAGCCUGUGGUCAAAAAGGAGGGUCUAACUCUUGUUGCCUUUAUGAAGGGAGAAGAAAGUAACGAGGGCAAGGUCAUGCUGAAUGGGGAAAGGGUUUAUAGUAUAUUUAAGAAGAUAAGCGAUGAGGAUUGUGUGUAUAUGGGGUUUGACUUGAAGUACAGUAGGCCUGAAUGGAUGAUACUUACUGUGCUGCUUGUUCCACCACCUUCAGUCCGCCCUUCAAUUGUGAUGGAGGGUUCGUUGCGGGGAGAAGAUGACCUUACACAUAAGUUGGCUGAUAUCAUAAAGUCGAAUGGGUAUCUGAAAAAGUACGAACAGGAGGGAGCACCUGGACAUAUUGUUCGAGACUAUGAGCAGCUGCUACAGUUCCACGUUGCAACGCUGAUAGACAAUGACAUUGGAGGGCAGCCGCAAGCGCUGCAGAAGAGCGGAAGGCCACUAAAGUCAUUGUCUGCCAGGUUAAAAGGAAAGGAAGGAAGAAUUAGAGGAAAUCUCAUGGGUAAGAGAGUUGAUUUUAGCGCAAGAACUGUAAUAACACCAGAUCCGAAUCUAUCACUUGAAGAGGUUGGUGUUCCUCUUGAGGUUGCAAAGAUUCACACAUUCCCAGAGAAGGUUACUUCGUUCAACAUAGACAGGCUCGAAAAGCUUGUAAGGACAGGACCUAAUGAGCAUCCUGGUGCCAACUAUGUCCUUAGGUCUGAUGGACAGAAGAUAGAUCUGAAUUUCAACAAAAGUGAUAUAAAGCUGGAGGAGGGAUAUGUUGUAGAAAGGCACAUGCAGACAGGAGAUGUUGUUCUGUUUAACAGGCAGCCCUCGCUUCACAAGAUGUCAAUGAUGGCACAUUAUGCUAGGGUGAUGGACGAUAAGACCUUUAGGUUGAAUCUUAGUGUUACAUCACCCUACAAUGCAGACUUUGAUGGAGACGAAAUGAAUCUCCACAUGCCCCAAAGCUAUACAUCCAAGGCCGAGCUUGAGGAGCUGGCACUUGUAUCGAAGCAGAUUAUCUCACCCCAGUCGAACAAACCUGUUAUGGGUAUUGUGCAAGAUACACUUACAGGCCUACGGCUGUUUACUUUGAGAGACACCUUUUUGAAUGAAAGAGAAGUUAUGCUGUUAUUGUAUGCAGUGAACAUAGAAUUCUGCGAUACACCGCCAGGAAGCACGGGCUAUAUAGGGUUCAGAAGAACAAAAGACUAUGACAUCAUGAAGGUGCUGAAAAGACCUGCAAUAGCAAAGCCUAUGAGGCUUUGGACAGGAAAACAAAUUCUGAGCUUUGUUCUUCCAAAUAUGAACUAUACUGGAUUUUCCUCUGAGCAUAACGAUGAAGAUAGUGAAAAUAUUAAUGACACUAAGGUCAUUAUACAAGACGGGUAUAUUCAUUCUGGAGUGAUUGACAAAAAGGCAGCAGGAGCAACACAAGGUGGACUUGUUCAUAUAAUCUUCAAUGAUUUUGGGCCCAAAAGAGCUGCGCAGUUUUUUAAUGGUGUACAGAGGAUGAUAAACGUUUUCAUGACUGGAAUCCAUACGUUUUCUAUAGGAAUUGGAGAUACGAUUGCAGAUGCCAAAACAGUAAAGAUGGUCGAGGAGGCGAUUCGAAAAGCAAAGGAGGAGGUCUCAGUUAUAAUUGAAAAUGCACGCCAAAAUCGUCUUGAGAGGCUUCCUGGAAUGACUAUGAAAGAAAGCUUUGAAAGCCAUUUAAACCUAGUACUAAAUAGAGCAAGAGAUGUAAGUGGAACAAGUGCGCAGAGGAGCUUAAGUGGAAAUAACAAUAUGAAGACGAUGGUUCUUGCAGGGUCCAAGGGGUCUUUUAUCAAUAUCUCGCAGGUGACUGCUUGUGUAGGGCAGCAGAAUGUUGAAGGAAAGCGAAUUCCAUUUGGCUUCUCCCACAGAACACUCCCUCACUUUGUAAAGGAUGAUUACACUGGGAGGAGCCGAGGGUUUGUUGAAAACAGCUAUUUAACCGGGCUAGAUCCUGAGGAGUUUUUCUUCCAUGCGAUGGGAGGAAGAGAAGGACUGAUUGACACAGCAAUCAAGACAGCAGAAACGGGCUAUAUCCAGAGGAGGUUGGUGAAGGCGCUUGAGGAUGCUAUUGUGAGGCAGGAUGAAAGUGUUAGAAGUGGAAAUGGGCUGGUGUAUCAGGUAAAGUAUGGUGAGGACGGGUUUGAUGCUACUUUUCUGGAAUCUCAGAAGGUCGAUGUAAAGAACUUCGCAAAAAGAUAUUGUAUUGAUAUGUUUGGGGACGGGAAGUUGGCGAUUACCCAAGGCCAAGUUUCUGAGGAAGUCUAUGGAAUGCUUUCUUCAGAUGUCGACUUACAGAAGCUUUUGGAUCAAGAAUAUGAAUGGUUAGUUGGAGAGAUAUUUGAAGGACCUCCACCAAUUUCGCCGGGAGAAAUAGACAUAGAGCGAGACUAUCAGGUCAAGGAAGUUUACAAGAGCGCCGUAAUGAGCCCCUGCAACUUUACUCGUCUCUUAGCAACAGCAAAGAGAGCUUUUCAUCUUUCUGUUGGAGACGUCUCUCCUUACUAUAUACUUGAGGCUCAUAGGAAUCUUAUGACAUCUAACAAAAUCCUGAAUGUACUUAUAAGAACAAAUUUGAAUGUAAAAAGAGUCCUUCUUGAGCAUAAACUGAAUACCGAGGCAUUCAACUGGGUUGUGGAGAUGACAAAAGCAAAGAUCCUGAAAGCUAGGAUAACACCAAACGAAAUGGUGGGAACAUUGGCUGCACAGUCUGUUGGAGAACCUGCGACACAGAUGACGUUGAACACAUUUCACCUGGCUGGGGUUUCCUCCACAGUGACUAUGGGUGUUCCUAGACUUAAAGAAAUUUUCAAUGUAACAAAGAACCUGAAGACGCCAUCCAUGAAGAUAUAUCUUGAUAAGGAUCACUGUAAAACAAUUGAGUCUGCAAAGGCAAUUCAGAACGAGAUAGAAUGUUUGUGUGUGAAGGAUUUAUGUCUUUCCUCGGAAAUAUACUACGAUCCUGAAAUAACAGGCACCGAGAUUGACGAGGACAAGGACUUCGUGGAGACUUAUUUUGAAUUUCCCGAUGACGAUGUUGACUUUUCAUGUUUAUCUCCAUUUUUGAUUAGGCUUAUCGUUGAUAGAGCCAAACUUAUUGGCAGAGGAACCAAUAUGGAAUAUGUUGCAGCAUCUAUCAAGAAAGAGCUGGGGAAUGGAGCCCAUGUGAUUUGUAGUGAUGAAAAUGCGGUUGAUUUGGUGAUAAGAGUUCGAAUUACAAAGUCGGAUGAUGAGUCCUUAAAUUUCUACACGACUGUAUUGAACACACUACUAAAACUUCAGCUUGGAGGAUAUAAGAAUGUCAAAAAGGUUUAUAUAAGUGAGGACAAGGACAGAAGGGAGUGGUAUCUCCAAACGGACGGGAUUUGUCUUCCGCAGGUUCUAGGAAAUCCUGCGGUGAACAGUAGACUUACUGUUUCUAACGAUCUUAUUGAGAUUGCUGAAACCUUAGGAAUUGAAGCUGCAAGGGAAUCUAUUUUAAGGGAACUGGCAAUAGUGAUAGAUGGAAACGGGUCAUAUGUCAAUUAUAGGCACAUGAGUUUGCUUGCUGAUGUAAUGACAAUGAGGGGGUAUCUGUGUGGUAUAACCAGGCAUGGUGUCAACAAGGCUGGGGCUGGUGCGCUAAAAAGAAGUUCUUUUGAAGAAACUGUAGAGAUACUCCUAGAUGCUGCACUGGUAUCAGAGAAGAAUUUAUGUAGAGGAAUAACUGAGAAUAUUAUGAUGGGGCAGUUAGCACCUAUGGGGACUGGAAAUGUUGAAAUUAUGUUGGAUGUAAAGAAGCUGGAUAAAGCUAUUCCACUAUCAAAUCCUGUAUUCAAGCCCAAUGAUCCUGUUACUCCGAUGAUUAGUACACCUUCAUCUGAUUCUUUAUCAAUCAACAGUGGUAAUUGGAGUCCUACACACCUUGAAAUGGCAUAUCCUAGAGAUUUAAGUGGAAGGUUAUCGCCCACUAGUCCAUCGUACUCGCCCACUAGCCCUUCAUACUCACCUACUAGUCCAUCGUACUCGCCCACUAGCCCUUCAUACUCACCUACUAGCCCUUCAUACUCACCUACUAGUCCAUCGUACUCACCUACUAGUCCAUCGUACUCGCCCACUAGCCCUUCAUACUCACCUACUAGCCCUUCAUAUUCAAUACUAACUCCUAACUUCUCAAACAAAAGCAAAAGUAAGGAGCAAGAUGGUGACAAAAAAAGAAGAAAUGAUGGCCAUUUCUAA